CGUACCUGCUAGCCUGAGGAUUCGGUGCCCUCUUACUCGGGACUCCCUACGUCAUCAUCUGAUGCACCCUCUUCAAGACCAGUGUCGGUGUCCACAAUGACAUCCAUCCAAACUACCGUCGCUCCCAGACAGCGCUCAGCAUCUUCUAGCACCACAUCGACAUCACCAAAAGACCGCGGGAGAUUUUCUAGUAUCUCAUCUCAUACUUCUAACAUGAUGAACACUCCAAUAACUGAUACUGCAUCCGUGCAUGAACGUGCCACGACUGAAUCUGAGGGAAGUUUGCUUGCUUCACCUUCCUCCUUCAACAUGUAUCAACCACUCGCUACACAAUCACGGAGGAAUUCAUCCAUCCUUGAGGCAUUAGGGCCGAUAGAGUCUCCCCCUAUCCCAGCACAGCAGGUUUUGGAGAUGCCCAACUUGCCAACUUCCAGGGUGGAAAGAUUCAGGGAGCAGGAUGUGAUUAAAUCGCGGAGAUCAUCUGUGGCCUCGUUGGUGCAGCCGUUGAGAGCUUCAUCUGCUCUAGCAGAGGAGAGAUCACACCCAAUAGCCCCAGAUCCAGUGCAGGUCCCCUCACCACUCGAUCCUGACCACGUAUGUAGACGUAAACGAACAAGCAUAAUCUAACGAAUUAACUCCGCGACUCCAGAGAAACAGAAUAUCUCGAGAGACACAAGCCAUUUCCCAGCCCGCCAAUUAUCGAAUCGCAGAAGCGCAGCGUCGAUUUUCACGGAGCC